AAAAGACAAAAAAAAGUGCUCGUGCUAGACAAACACACGAAAAAAAAAUAAAAUAAAUAGGAAUAUAAUAUAAAAAAAGAAAAAAAAAAAAAAAACUCGUAUUGAUAAGAAUAUAGUUUGAUGAUUAAUUUUUUUAUUAUCAUUUGUUUAUUAACAUAUUUUUUUUGUCGCUUAAUAAAAUAUUUAUUUAAUGCAAUUGUAGAAAUUUUCCAUGAGGAAAAUAUUGAGAAACAAAUGCUAUCAAAAAUGAUGCUACCAGAUGAGGCAGCUAUUUAUAAAAGUACUCUUUAUUCUGAAAAAUUAAAAAACACAGAGAAAUCAUUAUCAACAGCAAUGAAAGAUACUAAAAUAAAUACUGAUGAUUGUUGUAAUAAAAAAAUAACAAAAGGUGGAUCAAAUAAUUGGCAAAAAUUUAAACAUAUUGCAACAGCAGCUAAAGAUGAUUCAACAACAACAACAACAACAUCAGGACAAAAAUCAGCAUCAAAACGGCAAUUAACAAAUUCAAACAAUUCAACAAUAAAUAAUAAAAGAAAAGCAUGUAAUCCAAAAAAUACAAAUCAAGAAACAACAAUGAAAACAAAUGUAAACAUGGAUUUAGAAAAUCAAGAAAUAACAAAACAAAUAGCUAUUGAUUGUGAAAUGGUUGGAGUUGGUGAUGGUACUGAAAGUAUUGUUGCACGUGUAUCACUUGUUAAUCGUCAUGGUGCUUGUAUAUAUGAUAAAUAUGUUAAACCACGUGAAAAAGUAACAGAUUAUCGUACACUUGUUAGUGGUAUUAGACCAGAAGAUAUACGUAAUGGUGAAGAUUUUAAUGUUGUACAAAAAGAAGUUGCUGAAAUAUUAAAAGGACGUAUACUUGUUGGUCAUGCACUUAAACAUGAUUUAACUGUAUUAUUUUUAUCACAUCCAAGAAGACAAUUACGUGAUACAUCACGUUAUAGUUUAUUUAGAAAAGUAUCAAAAGGUAAUACACCUAGUUUAAAAAAAUUAGCAACUGAAUUACUUGGUAUUGAUAUACAAACUGGUGAACAUAAUUCAGUUGAAGAUGCAAGAACAGCAAUGCAUUUAUAUGUUUUAUAUAAAAAUAGAUGGGAAAGUGAUAUACAUAAAUGAAAACUUAAUUUUACUUUCUAUUUUCAUUGGAAAUUUAAAUAAUCAUCAUCAAUUAAAGCUGCCUUUUUUUUUUUUCUUUUUUUUUUGACAAUAAUUUAUCAUUAUCAUUAUUUAAAAUUAAAACUAAUUUAUUAUUGUCAUGAAAAAAUAUAUUUAAAUUUGUUAAUAAGUUGAAAGAUUGUAAAUUUAUAAUAUUAACAAAUUAAAAAUAUAAAUGAUAUUUUUUUCAUAUAUCA